AUGAGGAAAAGUGGACGCCGUGAGGAGGAAGAAUCGGCAAGAGGAGCGCUCGAACGGAAAGAGAAGGCGCGGCGUCAUAAAGGGGAAAGUAGUCCCGGAGAAGGGAAGGGAUGGCGUGAUGAGCGGAAACACUAUCGGAGCGAUCCAUACCAUAGGAGCGAUUCAUACCAUCGGAGUGGUUCAAACCGUAGAAGUGGUUCAAACCGUCGGAGUGGUUCAAACCGUCGAAGUGAUUCAACCCAUCGGCAUGCUUCAAGGAGGGACUCCGGUAAGAGGAGGAAAAAGGAAGAACGACGCAGUGAAUCUGGAUUCCGCGAGAUUGGACAUCUCAGAGGAGGGGAGAAUAGACGGAGGAAAAGCCGAAGCAGGAGCAUAGGUCGAAGGGGACACCGUGACAAUGAGCGGGAGAGCGUGAGGAAAACCAAGAACCCCCUACAGGUGUCAUACAAUGCAUUCGAUUACUUCUCAAACGACAUUUCGAACAAGAAAUUAUUGCCCAGUUAUAUUAUGAAGGAAAAAAACAAGUACGAAAAGGAUGUCUUUGAGAAGGCAUAUGGACUGAGCCUAGGUGAUAACAUCAUCCAUCUUGAUCAGUUUCUUUUUGACCCAAAGGAAGGUAACCUAGAUAAGAUAGAAACGAAGAAGACGGAUAGUGGCACUAAGCAAAGAAGUAGCAGGGGCCACUACGAGUGUUAUAGCUGUAAGGCAAAAAAUGUGUACGCAAAUGUGCAGUGCUGUAAGUGUAAAAAGUUGAGGAAACUUUAA